AUGAAACCUAGCAACCCAACACUGUAUAACUAUGCAUUUAUUGUAGCACUGCAGUUUGAGCCUGGUGACAAUCCAUUAACAGGGUUAUUUUAUUCCAUGGAUUGCACAAUUAAACGUCAGUUUGUGGAGGACCGCGCUACUAUAUUAGAUGUCCUUCCAGUCACCUGGAAUGUAAAAACGCCCGGUCAGUAUUACUGCAUUACAAUCAAAAUGUCACGGAUAAAAGACCUUAUUUUCGAUUUUGAAUUUGGAUCUGCAAAUUCCAGUAAAGCGUUUCCAGUUACAGACUUUCCAGAGAGAAUCCUUAAACUGGACAUAUCUCUCAAUGAAUUGAUUGAAUUGAAGGCUAACAGUUUUCAGCAACUGCGCAACCUCCUGGAACUCAGCGCCUCCUGUAAUGUCAUUCACAGACUUCCUGGGCUUGCCAUGCUGCCUAAUCUACUUGCUCUGGAUCUAAGUUACAAUGCGAUUGCAGAAAUUGAGCCAUUUAUAUCUUGUACCCAACUUGUCUAUUUAAAUGUUUCUCAUAACAAAAUUCAAAGUAUCAAGGAGCUGCCAUCACUUGCCAACCUCACACAGUUGCAUUUAAACUCAAAUAAGUUAUAUUCUCUUGAUGGAAUUCAAAAUCUUCCUAAACUCUACGAAUUAUAUGUUCAUCACAAUAAGAUCACCAGCCUUCUUCCUCUUGCUUCCUCUUUAACCCUCAACAUCCUUGAUGCCUCCAAUAACAGUAUCAGUUCCUUAACAGAAACAGUACAAGCAUUGUGUGGACUCCGACAUCUCAGUGAACUGAAAUUGAGAGGAAAUCCUGUGGCUCAAGCUAAAAGCUACACCACGUCAUUUAAUCAGCGCACAUCUGUACGCAUCCUGGAUAAUUGUGUUCUAAAAGACUCUUCUGAUAUUGAGCAUUUACCACCAUAUCAAUCAAUACUUAGACAAUCGCUGAAUAAUCUAAAUGGAGAAAGCUACACAAGAGAAAAACUGAAGGAUUCAGUUAAGAAAACUCUAAUGGAGAGACUUAAGAGUAAACAAGAUGCAGUAGAAAGUAGUAUCCAUCAUUUCCACACCAAGAUAAUGGAUUUACAAGAGGAGCUAAUUGAAUCUGAAGAUACAAUGAAAGUCGAGAUGGAAAACUGUAUCAGAUAUAUUGAUGCCAUUCCACAGGAAGAUUUCCUCAGUAUAGAUCCGUACAAAUUUCAAAGGGCAACUAACCAGUAUUUAUUUACCAAGUUCUGGGAGAAGAGGGAAAAUGGGAAGAGAAAGCCUGAAAAAGCAUCUUUCAAAGACCUGACAAACCCUGAGGAGAUUAUCAAAGCAGCAGCUAGUCUUUUGUCACAAGCUCCGCCAGAGAUUACAAGAGAGAGUUCAUGAUUCCUCUACGGUAGAAGAAAUAUGCCCCACCUCAAACAUCAUCUGCCAUGAGACUAC